AUGCGUUUAUUUAUUCGUCAUUUAUCAACAUUAUGUCGUUCACGACGACGAGUUCCGUUUUUAUUUCUUAUUGGUACACUUCUUAGUAUAGUAUUUAUAUCAUAUCUUAUCAAUCAUAACCAACAAACAGAAGAUUUUAUAAAGCAAACUAGUAAAAUAGACGAUGAACAAUUAAAAACAGCAAAUAAAUUGUCAACAUUAGUGCCUAAAACUAGUCACAUUCAAAAGAAGGAGGGUGGUGCAUGGCCAAUCGAUGAAAAAGGUCGUUCAUUGAAAAAUCAUUUUUUAGUUCUUGAUUUAACUGGAUUUUUUGGUGGAGGUGCUAGUGAAGGUGAACAAGUGCAAUGUCCAUCAUCAAAUACAUCAUUUACUUGGACUCGUCAACAGAAUCGAGUAAAUGAAAUUGAUUUUGUUGUUUCACAUGAUGCUCAAGGUGGUGGAAAUAUUCCAUUUGAUCGUUUACAACUUAAUGAAAAUCAACAGCAAUAUUCAAUGGCAUUCGUAAUGGAAAGUGAAGUACAUUCAUCAACAGGUGAUGGAUGGGCAAAAUUUAAUUUUAUAAUGACCUAUGAUCUUGAUAAUAGUUAUCCUGAACCUGCAACUUAUUUUGAUAUGAAUAUACAUCUUAUUGAUUUACUUACACCACCAAGUGUACCGUUUGAUAAGAAAGACAAAGAUGCAUAUGCUGUUUGGAUUAUUUCAAAUUGUAAUGCACAUAAUGGUCGACAAGAUUUUGUUGGUAAAUUAAUGAAUGAAAUUAAAAUUGAUUCAUAUGGAUCAUGUUUAAAUAAUAAAAAAGGUUAUAGUGCUCGUAUGGUUGAUAAUGCGAAUGCAUAUAAAAAAUAUAAAUUUGUUAUUGCAAUUGAAAAUUCGAAUUGUUUUGAUUAUGUUACUGAAAAAUUAGUUAAAGCAGUUGAAGGUGGUUCGAUUCCGAUUGUUGCUGGUUAUAAUAAUCGUUCGGAUUAUCGACGAUAUAUGCCUAAACAUUCAUUUAUAAAUAUAUUUGAUUAUAAAACAAUAAAAGAACUUGCCGAUGAUAUAAAACGUAUUGGAAAUAAUAAAACAUUAUAUGAAUCAUAUUUAUGGUAUAAAAAUCAUAGUAAAAAUAUUGAAGAAUUAAAAACACUUUCAUUAAAUGAAAAAUUAAAACAUUUUGCGGAUGUUGUUGGUGCCAAUGCAACAAUGAUUACAAAUGGCAUUGCUGGUAAAGAAAGAAGUGAAAAUAAAAUUUGUAAACUUACACGAUUUGUUCGUCAAACACCUUGGCAAGAUAUUGCGGCACAUAAAAAAAUACCGAGAGCUGAUGCAAAUACUGCUUGUCUACCAGGAAGAUAUAUAUUAACACAUUUUAAAUCAUAA